AUUUAUUAUACAAAAAUGGCUGUUACUUGUUCUGAUAUCUUUAAACUCAUUGCUGCUAUCAUUCUUCCUCCAUUAGGGGUCUUUUUAGAAAGAGGUUGUACUUCUUCCUUCUUCAUUAAUAUUAUUUUAACCAUCUUGGGUUAUAUUCCAGGUAUACUUCACGCAUUGUAUGUGAUUGUGAAGUACUAGUUGC